CGUUGUAUAUCAACAAAUGCAUGUUCAGUGCACAAUGGAGAGCGUUCCGCCCGUAAUAUCGAAUAUUUGUCGGUUUUGUUUGAGCCAGAACGAAAAAAUGCUCAUCCCAGUUAGUAAAGCGAUGAACGCUUCACUUGAGCUAGAAGAUGUAGAACGAUUUACUGGUAUUGAGAUUAACCCAGAGAAAACAUCUUUCUACAUGAUGUGUCUCGAAUGUACAUGCAAGUUGAAAAAGUCGGUCGAUUUCCGGGACUCGUGCAUAAGCAACAAUACACUGUUUCAAGAGCUCUUUGCCAACGUAGAGUAUGAAUCAUGCGAUUACGAUGUAAAGCAGGAAACGUUGGCUAUUGAGUUUGUCCUGCCCCAAAAUCAGCACACGGAACAGAUGGAGCUGGUAGAGCAAAUAGUAGAAAUCGAUGGAAACAUAUCAGUUGAAGAAAAUGAAGCAACCGAAACAACGAUCCAAGUGCAGGACAAACAGCCUCAAACACCUGACGGUAUGCAUUACAGUAGUGAUGAGCAGCAUGAAGAAGUCAUGGCAGUCUCAUCUUCCGAAGACGUUGGACGCGAUAAAAAUCCAACGGAUUCCAAAACGCCAACCGAAGGUAUUACGGACGUGGACAAUCCCACGGAUUCAAAAACGCUAACCAAAAGUAUAACGCGGGUGAAAAACAGGAAAAGCACCGAUUCAAAUCGAUCCUGCAGCGCCCGCCGUCAGAAACAGCUUUGCGGCACCUGUGGUAAGAUGGUAAACAAUCUGUCUCGCCACAUGCAAAGUCAUACAAUGGAGGCGAAACGUUGUUGUCCGCACUGUCCGGUGGAGAUGGUUGAUUAUUCCAACCUUUGGCGGCACAUAGAAGCAGUUCAUAUGAAGAAAAUAGUCAAAUCAUGUGAAAUAUGCGGGAAAGGUUUCACGCAUAAAAAUACUUAUAAAUCUCACAUGCGUUCCCGACAUGAUAUAGGGGAUACACACAAAUGCACGCAAUGUGGCAAGGAAUUUAAUCAUCCGGGAGGAUUGCGAGACCAUUGCAAACGAUUCCAUAGCAAUGAGUUCAAUUUUAGCUGCAAAUCUUGCGACAAGCAGUUUAAACUCAAACAGGAGCUCAGGGUGCACGAGAGAGUUCACUCUACGGACAAACCUUAUGCAUGCAGUGUGUGUCCCAAACGAUUCAAAAGUGGAUUUGCUAAAAAAACGCACGAACUGACCCAUAGUGGAGUUGUGUUUGAGUGCACUAUCUGCAAAAAAGCGUAUCGUUACAAAUCUCUUCUGAGCAUGCAUACGAGAAAAAUGCAUUCGGAAGUAAAUUCAGAAACUGGAGAUUAA